GCAACGCGUCACACACAGGACGCAACCACGCCGCCAGUAAUUGGGUUUCCGGUUUUGAUCUUUUCCUAUGGAGGCAAAGGGCUUCGUAUAGAUACUGAAAAUAUUUACAAACUGAAUGUGGAUUCCGGCUUGUUUUUCGAUAGCUUUUUCCUCCCGUUUUAACCGAAAACCUGUGUACGUCGAGGUGGCAGUGUGUGUGAGUGGAUCAUUCCGAGCAGAGCAGCAGUGUUAUGUUAGUUGAGUCAAAAUGGCGUCUGCUUGCCCACUCAACACUCGUUUAAUCCAUCUGUGAUUAACCCGAUAACUAGCUAAUUUCACACAACCUGUGACUAUUUUUCUAGUGUUUUCCGUUUUCCACGCUGAUACAGUCGGAGCACAUUUCAGCGUCAUGUCUGACUCGGAGGAGGACAGCCAGGACAGGCAGCUUAAAAUUGUAGUGAUUGGAGACGGUGCGUGUGGAAAGACAUCACUCACCACCAGGUUUGCACAGGAGGCCUUUGGGAAGCAGUACAAACAAACCAUUGGCCUGGAUUUCUUUCUGAAGAGAAUAAGCCUUCCAGGCAACUUGAAUGUGACCCUGCAGGUGUGGGACAUUGGAGGCCAAACGUUAGGAGGGAAAAUGCUGGAUAAAUAUGUAUACGGAGCUCAUGGGGUUCUUCUGGUUUACGAUAUCACCAACUACCAGAGCUUUGAGAAUCUGGAGGAUUGGUUCAGCAUGUUGAAGAAGGCCAACGAGGAAUCGGAUAUCCAGCCGGUUGUCUCCCUGAUUGGGAACAAAAUCGACAUGGAGCACAUGAGGACAGUGAAGGCGGACAAACACCAGCGUUUCUGCCAAGAGAACAGCCUCAUCAGUCAGUUUGUAUCUGCCAAGACGGGGGACUCGGUGUACCUUUGUUUCCAGAGAGUGGCAGCUGAGAUUCUUGGUGUAAAGCUAAACAAAGCAGAAAUCGAGCAGUCCCAGCGUGUGGUAAAGGCAGACAUCGUGAACUACAGUCAGGACACAGUGGCCAGGACAGUCAACCCCCCUCGCAGCUCUAUGUGUGUGGUGCAGUGACACACACACACACACACACACACACACACACACACACACACACACACACACACACA